CUGGAUCUGCGCACGACGGAGAAGAUAAGCCAGAAGGCAGUGUCGUAGAUCAUCAAGAUGGAGGAGUUGGUCUACAAUCUUUCAGCGGGGAGCAACAAGGCUCAACACCACAAGGAGCUGGAGGAUCCGCAACGGACUUCGUGUUGCGAGUGACCUCCGACGAGGACCGCGCUCAGGGAGGCGUCGGAGCGUCGAUAUUAGAUGGCGGCGUGGCCCUCUCCUGCAGCGGGAGAUGGGUAGGCGGAGUCCAAGUUGGCACCUCGGCGGCAAGCAGCAGCGCGUGUCCGCCUAAGGACUUGCAUCUACCACACGAACUAAAAUCGAAAG